GGCCCCCGCGCCCGGGCGGCUGCUCCCUGCUGACUGGGGUGUGGGCGGGGAGCGGCGGAGGGAGGAGGCAGAGCUGGCCGCCGCAGUUUGCCGCCGCGCCUGGGCGCCUAGGCAGAGCUCCCCGGGGUUCGUGCGGCCGCCAUGGACGAGCAGGCGGGUCCCGGCGUCUUCUUCAGCAACAACCACCCGGGAGCUGGCGGUGCUAAGGGGCUCGGGCCUCUGGCGGAGGCUGCAGCGGCCGGAGACGGGGCGGCUGCGGCGGGGGCGGCCCGAGCUCAGUACAGCCUCCCGGGGAUCUUGCACUUCCUGCAGCACGAAUGGGCCCGCUUCGAGGUGGAGAGAGCCCAGUGGGAGGUGGAGCGGGCGGAGCUGCAGGCUCAGAUUGCUUUCCUUCAGGGGGAGAGGAAAGGUCAAGAAAAUUUGAAGAAAGAUCUUGUGAGGAGGAUCAAAAUGCUGGAAUAUGCUCUGAAGCAGGAAAGAGCCAAAUACCACAAGUUGAAAUAUGGGACAGAACUGAAUCAGGGAGACAUGAAACCUCCAAGCUAUGAUUCUGAUGAAGGUAAUGAGACAGAGGUGCAGCCACAGCAAAGUAGCCAGUUAAUGUGGAAACAAGGCCGGCAGCUACUCAGACAGUAUCUCCAGGAGGUCGGGUACACAGACACUAUUCUAGAUGUGAAGUCCAAGCGUGUGCGUGCAUUGUUGGGCUUUUCAAGUGAUGUCACUGACAGGGAGGAUGACAAAAACCAGGACUCAGUGAUAAAUGGCACAGAGGCCGAAGUUAAAGAGACAGCAAUGAUUGGAAAAUCUGAGUUAACGGAUUCUGCCUCUGUGCUGGACAAUUUCAAAUUCCUUGAAAAUGCAGCUGCAGAUUUCAGUGAUGAAGAUGAGGAUGAGGACAUUGAUGGAAGAGAGAAGAGUGUCAUUGAUACUUCCACAAUUGUUAGGAAAAAAGCAUUGCCUGAUACCAGUGAAGAUCGAGACACAAAAGAAGCUCUGAAGGAGUUUGACUUUCUUGUCACAUCAGAGGAAGGAGACAACGAGUCUAGAAGUGCAGGCGAUGGAACGGACUGGGAAAAGGAAGAUCAGUGUCUCAUGCCUGAAGCCUGGAAUGUGGACCAGGGAGUUAUCUCCAAACUGAAGGAGCAGUACAAAAAGGAGAGGAAGGGGAAGAAGGGGGUGAAGAGAAAAACUACCGAAGAUCUGUUUCAGCCUCUAUCCUAUAUAAAACAGUCAAAACAGGGAUGUGGGAGAAUGAAGAGUCAAAGCCCAGGGCCCAAUAGGUCAAAACUACAAGAUAUGCUUGCUAAUUUGAGAGACGUUGAUGAACUUCCCUCCUUGCAGCCCUCUGUUGGCUCCCCUUCCAGACCCAGCAGCUCCAGGCUUCCUGAACAGGAGAUCAGUAGGGCGGAUGAAGUGGAAGCACUGACGUUUCCUCCUUCUGGGAAGUCUUUUAUCAUGGGAGCAGAUGAAGCCCUUGAGAGCGAGCUGGGGCUUGGAGAAUUAGCAGGCCUUACAGUGGCCAAUGAAGCAGACUCACUAGCUUAUGAUAUAGCGAAUAACAAAGAUGCAUUGAGGAAGACGUGGAACCCUAAGUUUACAUUAAGGAGUCACUUUGAUGGCAUUCGAGCCCUAGCCUUCCACCCCAUUGAGCCUGUGUUAAUAACAGCAUCAGAGGACCAUACCCUGAAAAUGUGGAAUCUGCAGAAAACAGCCCCAGCCAAAAAGAGUACUUCUCUAGAUGUGGAGCCUAUCUAUACAUUCAGGGCUCACAAAGGUCCGGUGCUGUGUGUGGUAAUGAGUAGCAAUGGUGAGCAGUGCUACAGUGGCGGUACUGACGGGCGGAUCCAGAGCUGGAGCACCACCAAUCCCAACGUCGACCCCUACGAUUCUUAUGAUCCUUCGGUUCUAAGAGGCCCUCUGCUGGGCCACACGGAUGCGGUAUGGGGGCUGGCCUACAGUGCGGCACACCAGCGCUUGUUAUCCUGUUCAGCAGAUGGUACUCUUCGCUUAUGGAGUACAACUGAGGUUGCUCCAGCACUGACUGUAUUUAAUGAUAACCAGGAACUGGGAAUCCCUGCUUCUGUGGAUCUGGUGAGCAGCGACCCGAGCCAUAUGGUAGCAUCGUUCAGCAAGGGAUAUACAAGCAUCUUUAACAUGGAAACACAGCAGCGAAUUCUCACGUUAGAAUCCAAUGUUGACUCAACCAGUUCUUCCUGCCAGAUAAACAGAGUCAUCAGCCAUCCCACCCUCCCAAUCAGCAUCACUGCUCAUGAAGACAGGCACAUCAAGUUCUACGACAACAAUACAGGUAAACUGAUCCACUCGAUGGUGGCCCACCUGGAAGCUGUUACAAGUUUGGCAGUUGAUCCAAAUGGCCUGUACUUGAUGUCUGGCAGUCAUGACUGUUCAAUACGCUUAUGGAAUUUAGAAAGUAAGACGUGUAUCCAGGAGUUCACAGCUCAUCGGAAAAAAUUUGAAGAAUCGAUCCAUGACGUAGCAUUCCACCCUUCCAAGUGCUACAUAGCCAGUGCGGGAGCCGACGCCCUGGCUAAGGUCUUUGUAUGAUGGGGCGCAUCAGCUUCACCUUGUAGCUCUUUGUAAAAGUCAACUGCACAACAGAGAAACGGAAGACCAGGGCAAGAAUCAGCUCGCCCUGCCCUUUUGUUCUGCUGAGGGAGCACAGAGAACUCUGUUAAAGUAUAGUUUUGCAAUUCGUAUACUGUUUUCUAAAAUUAAGGUUUGUUCAGGUUGCUGCAAGCUCAGCCAAACCUGUGAGCCUGGAACUUUCACAUUUCCCCCCCAAAGAGGCACUUUUAUUUCUGAAGUUGUUCUCAUUCGCUAGGCAGGCCUGAGCGGAUCAGGUUUAGCUUCUCCCUUUUAAGUAAACAAGGCAUGCUGUCAUGGAUAAUUAGAGUUGAAUGCCGGGAAUGAGUCGAGUGGAAACCUAACUGUACUUCCACCUUGAGACCUCUGCUAACCACACUAGUCAGCUGUGCAGCUGUAUCUGCUCUACUAACCCCAGUGAGUAGAGGCCAGUCAGUGUUCAAAUGCAUUCCUACCAUAGCUGCCCUUUCAGCCGUUCUCAUAAAGCACAUGGCAAAGCAUUUCACCUGUUAAGAGGAAAAGAUGCAAUAAUAUGUUAAGUAUAUUACUAUUCAGAAGUGCUAAACAAAUACUUAAUUUGCAAGCAGAUUUCUAUACUGUAUUACAAUUUUGAAAGUAGAUGUGGAACCAUUCUAAAGUUUAGCUAUGAAGCACUCACAGUCAAGAAUGGUUAGUAGAGUCUGCUUUUACUAAAGGUUUUAACUCAUCCAGGUUUGAGAGCCUGUUUAUUUUUUAAGGGCAAACAGGGCAUAUUUCUAUAAUUUGUCUAAAAAUUCACCUCAUUAAUGUGACAUUUAUAGUACUAGAGUGAUCAUUUCAUAUUGAUAAACUUACUUCCUAGUGACUCUGAAAAAGGAGAAAACUAUUUAUUAACAUCCAUUUCCCAACACCCAUAGAACUGGUUCAAGUGAUCGUUUGGUGUUUCUUCCCUACCUUUCACGGUCAUGGUGUCUGAUGCUUACUAUAAACAGUUUAUAAUUAGUAUGUCCUGUAGUCCAGAGCAUGUGGUCACCUCAGGCAGCUGCUUUGCAGCUGUGCCUAAUAAAGCAGUGGAGCCCAGAAAGUCCUCUACUAGUGUCUCGGGAAAGAACUCUGUAGAGACCUGGAUGGAGAUGUUAGUGCCUGCAAUGUCUACAAGGUUCUUUCUCCUCCCCUCUCCCCAUUGUUUAAUUGGAAUGCACAUUUUAAUGAACAGUUGAUCAAUACUGUAUCUAGAGAAAACCAUGUCUUAAAAUGCCAGCUCUCACAUGUAUCUGUGAGCCAUAUGUGAUCAGCUUUUGGGAGUCUCAGAAUUCUGCUGGUGUACCUAGGGCAGUCUUCAUACCCUUCACACCCUCUCUACUUUUGCCCUAAAUGACAGAGACCACUCUAAAUAUUAAAUUCAAA